CUGUCGCUACCGUUUCCACUUUCCACCACUAUAAAAGCGAAGGAAAUCGCCCAAUCUGUAUCAGUGUUCUUCCGAUACAUCAACCACCAAAACAUCCUCGUAACAUGAACUUCAAAGCGUGCCUUUUGCUGGUUGCUGCUGUAGCUGGAAGUGUUCAGAGCGGGGCAGUCAGCUACAUUUCCGGCGGCCUGGGCUUGGACGGCAUUGGAUUGGGAGGAGGACUAGGAGGAGUAGGUUUGGGCGGAAUCGGUUUAGGAGGCGGACUGGGCGGAGUUAGUCUGGGAAGCGUAGGAUUGAGCAGCGUGGGAUUAGGAGGAGUAGGACUGGGAGGAGUGGGCUUGGGAGAAGUAGGAUUGGGAGGAGUAGGAUUGGGAGGAGUAGGAUUGGGAGGAGUAGGCCUGGAAGGAGUAGGACUAGGAGGAAUUGGACUGGGAAACAUUGGAGUGACUAAAGCAAUUGAUUACUACACGCCGCCCAAAUACGAAUACAAAUAUGGAGUAACCGACCCGAAAACUGGCGACCAGAAGGAACAGUCUGAAGUUCGAUUGGGCGAUGUUGUUAAGGGCCAAUACUCCCUAGCUGAACCCGAUGGAACCAUCCGUGUGGUGAAAUAUACAGCCGAUAAGAUCAAUGGAUUCAAUGCCCAAGUUUCCCGCAUUGGCAAAGCCAUCCACCCAAUCACCGGCUACGGUUCCGGAUUAGGUCUGGGCUUGAAACUGUAAAAACUGCUAGAAUCUAGAGAAACCCCACGAUAAGACUGCGCCUGUUUAAAUGGUACCGCAAGUGUUCAGCAGGAUUAUUUCUGGCUAAAGCUUGACUACUUAAGACAACCAUCGCAUCCCGGACUAUCCCUAGUAUUAGCUUUGGUACUACAACGUGUAGUAUUAAUGGCGCCCUGUAUAGUGUUGCUCAUCUUAGUUAUAAUAGACGAAACUGCCAUUGUCUAGGUUGUUAUAGACGUCGAAAUGUACUGCUUUAGAUUAGGUUGUUAUUAUUGUUAUGAAGCAUUAAAUGCCUUGAAGAUUA